AGGCGCAGCCGGGAGGCGCUCCGGGCAGGCCCGGGCUCUAGGCCAGGGCGGUGGGCGCGCAGAAAGGCCCGGGACCUCUGCGCCGGGGUCCGGAGUAGCGUGUGGGGAGCCUGCGGGGCGCGGCCGGGCAGUCGGGGGCCCUGGAGAGGGCACGGAGCGGGCGGAGGGGCCGCGGGGAGUUCCCGGGCCAGUGGGGCUGGGCGCGCAGUGGCGGGGAGCGACGGGGCGGCGCCGGGCUGGGCUGGCCGGCUCUCUCACCUCGCCCUGGCGGCGCGCCCCGCGGGCACUCGCGGGGAGGAGAGCCAGACCCGCGGGCCUUUGGAUUCCGGGCCCGCCCUCUCCCGCUCCAGGGCCAGCGGCGAGCGGCUGCGACGGCCGGAGCCGCAGCGGCAGCAUGAGAGCGAGCGCCGCUGCUACCCGCCUGCGGACGCGCGGCCAGAGGCGGCGGCUGAGCCGGCGCGCGCCAUGGGGCGGCGGUGGGGCCGGGCGGCCGGGCGGGGGCCGGGGCGGCGCAGGAGCCCGGGGCUGCCGCGGGCCGCCUCGGCGCUGGCGGCUGCCGGCCUGGUGUGCACGGCCCUGGCCGCCUACUCCUGCUGGGGGCGGCUGCCGCCGCUGCGCUGGACGUCGUCCGCCCCGCCGCGGCCGGUGGGCGUGCUGCUGUGGUGGGAGCCCUUCCGGGGCCGCGACAGCGCCGCGAGGCCGCCCCCCGACUGCCGGCUGCGCUUCAACAUCAGCGGCUGCCGCCUGCUCACCGACCGCGCGGACUACGGGGAGGCCCAGGCUGUGCUCUUCCACCACCGGGACUUGGUGAAGGGCUCCCUCGACUGGCCCCCGCCCUGGGGCGUCGGCGUGCGCGCGGCAGAGGAGCUGGAGCUGCGGGUGUUGGACGACCGCGAGGUGGCGGCGGCGGCGGCGGCUGCCGAAGCUCUGGCCGCCUCGGGUCUCAGACCCCCUGGCCAGCGCUGGGUGUGGAUGAACUUCGAGUCGCCCUCCCACUCCCCGAGGCUGCGAAGCCUGGCAGGCAACCUGUUCAACUGGACGCUGUCCUACCGGGAGGACUCGGACGUCUUCGUGCCUUAUGGCUACCUGUACUCCAGGACCCAUCCCAGCGACCCGCCAACAGGCCUGGUCCCGCCGCUGGCCCGGAAACGGAGGCUGGUGGCCUGGGUGGUGAGCAACUGGGAUGAGCGCCAGGCCCGAGUCCGCUACUACCACCGGCUGAGCCAGCACGUGUCCGUGGACGUGUUCGGCCGGGGCGGGCCCGGGCGGCCGGUGCCGGACAUUGGCCUUGUGCACACGGUGGCCCGCUACAAGUUCUACCUGGCCUUUGAGAACUCGCAGCACCUGGACUACAUCACCGAGAAGCUCUGGCGCAACGCGUUGCUGGCCGGGACGGUACCGGUGGUGCUGGGCCCCAACCGUGCCAAUUACGAGCGAUUUGUGCCCCGCGGUGCCUUCAUCCACGUGGACGACUUUCCUAAUGCCUCCGCGCUGGCCACCUACCUGCUCUUCCUCGACCGAAACCCAGCUGUCUACCGGCGCUACUUCAGCUGGCGGCGGCGCUUUGCCGUGCACAUCACCUCUUUCUGGGAUGAGCCUUGGUGCCGGGCCUGCCAAGCGGUGCAGGCUGCUGGGGACCGGCCCAAGAGCAUCCGCAACCUGGCUCGCUGGUUUGAGCGAUGAAGCCACCCUCCCCUGGGUUGUCUGCUUUGUGAUCCUCUGCUGUGCAUCUCCUUGACUGCUGAAUCAUGGGACUAAGUUUUAGGAACACCCGUUUUUUUCUCUAUGGGGAGAAGGUGAUUACCAAUGAAAUCAUUCAGCUCAAAUACUGGGUGGAAAGAAUUCCCUCUUUAUCAUGUGUUUUGUACAACUAUCAAUUGGGCUCCCUCUGCUUUAGGGGGCCAUCAGUGUUCAGGGGUGAAGAAGGGGGCCCUUCCUCACCUUUUAACCAGUACAGAAGUUAAGAAAUAGUUUAACUACAAGAACCAGUUGAGUCAGUUCUGAACUUCCUCAUCUGCCACAGGCCAUAUUUGUGCCUUUGCUGAGUCCAAAUCUCAUGCACACUGCUCCUUCACUCACAUUUCCCUGGGCCAGCAUGCAGCAAACCUCUGUUUUCAGAGCCUGUUGCAGAAUAGUGAAAGGGCUGGCCAUAUGUGGGUCUUUCCUCAAAGCUUCAUCUCCUAAGAAAGGUGAGGUGUGUGAUCCAAGAAUCCACUGACCAUAACUGUAAUACGAACUGUACUGUUUGUUCCCCUGCCCUCUGAAUGGGGAACAGCUGCUGGACUGGCCUUUGAGAAGUUAUAAUGAGUAUGUAGGUGUACCUCACUUUACAGAAAUGUGUUCCUGAAAAGGUGCUUUUAAAUCAAAUCCCACAUUCAGUGCUUUAGGGAGUCCAGUAUUUAAUGGAACCAUAUGGAGAAUCCCUUCAUAAUGUGAAUAAUCAUUACUGAUUUCCUCUGUGUCUAUGUUUUUCUACAACCUGGAUUUUUAAAAAACUAUUAAAAUUACAGAAGUGAAAAUAAAGCAGAAGCAACCUUCUUCUCUCCUCUUCCCAGAAAAUCAGCUUGUUAACAAACAAGAGAAGAAAGCCACAGGGUCACUUCCCACAAAAUUAUUUAUAUCUUUACUGGAUCUGAAAUUUAAACUGGAACAUUAGUCCUCCAGGGAUGCUGGCAUUCUCUGUCUGCAGAACAAUGAAAGAGGUUGCACUGCAUUAUGGAAUCAUGCUAAAAGAAAAAAGUUUCAUAGUGUUUAUUAAUGGCAGUUAUUGUUUCCAUCAGUCAGUUUUUCAGUAAAUGUUUAGUUGCUGGGGAGUGGAACUCAGUGUCUGCACUGAACUUUGUCUUGUUAAAGGCUGUAUCUGCAAUUCUCCCUGGAGCCAGAAGGAUCCCCUCCUAGUCUGCAUAGGAGUACAGCAUAUCCUCAUAUUUCUAGUGCCCUUAAGACUGUGCUAUGGGACCAAUUUUGAAAAUAUGUGCAUUGAUUUUGAAAGUUGUGCAUGAGCAGCAUAGUUGGUAGGUAUCAUUGUAUGUCUGUUCUUGCCAAACACUAGGCUCACGGUGCAGGAAAGACACAAAAAUGUGUAAGUCAAGGCCCCUCUCUUUCAGGUUCUUAAACUGUACCACUGCCAACGAAUAGGUAGUGAACUUUGAUCAAUCAAUUGGCAGAACCUAUUUGUUUAAAGUGACAUUUUUGGUAAUAUAGACCAUGAAUCAGUUAUUAGAAAGCCAGUUGGUUUACAGUCUGAAAUAAUGGUUUAUUUUUUCGCCUCCAUUUGUUAUAAGAACCCUCAGUUACUAAUUAUUAUGGGUAGGGUCCAAGAUUAAUUAAGUUUAUACAGAGCUUUGCUGUAAACAGUUAAUUUUGCAUUUGAUUUUACAGUUAGCUGAAUCGUGAAGGUUUAGCUCUAUGUGCAUUUGUUGCAGACUCGCUUGAAAAGUUCCCUAACAUCUAGGUGAUUUUUUUCAGUUGUCUCUUUUCCUUAAGAGGAGAAAUUAAAAUCCAUGGAUAAAAUUUCCUUAUUAAAAUAUUACAGUAUGGGCAGAAAUUCAAUUAUGAAAUAUCAGCCAUCCAAUAAAGGAAAAGGAAAAAUUCUAUUCUUAAAGUGAGUAUUUAUGAGCUGUUGGCCAAUGAUCUUGGUGAUACUGAGAAUCUACAUGGGGCAGUGGGUGAGUGUGGGUUUUGAAGGUAAUCUGGUUUAGAGUUGAAUUCCAGAUGUGUGACCUUGGGCAAAUUAGUAAUAACUCUGAACCUCAGUUUCCUUAUCUGUAAAAUGGUGGAGGGAAAUACUUCACAGCUCACUGUGGGCUUUUCAGGAAAUAAAAUAAAUAAAGAUACCUACCACUCAGCAGCCACUCAAUUGGUAAGAGAUAUUUUCCCUUCUUUCUUUGCAGGGACUUGAGGGUGCUUCCAUAUCCAUUUAUAUACCUAGAAUUAAAUCUCAAGGCAUGUUACAGAAUAUAUCUGAAAUAAAAGGGGCAUCAUACUGUGUAUUUCAAAUGAAUCCCUCCAGUGAAGCCAUAUUAUUUCAAGACUCAUCAUUGCCAUUUAGAUUGAGCUUGAAUUUACAGACUAGGAAGAAGCACAUAGCUUUCUUUGAAAAAAACAUCAGUUUUUGUUUGUCUUUAAAACUAGCCACAUUUAUUGAAUACAGCAUGAAGGAGAUAUAAUUGCAUUUUUAUUUAUGUGCAAAUUUUGGGUAUGGAGCAAACAAUUUUUUUUAGGCUAAUAACAGCAGGAGCAAUUGCUCUUUUUCUGUUACCUUAUUUUUCAUAUUCUAAAUUAAGUAGGUUAAAAUUUCACGUGUUGAUAUAAAAAUGUGUAUAAAUGUAUCACAUGUGCUUCAAAAUGUCUUUCCUGUGAUUGUCAUGCCCUUUAAGGGAUGAACUUUCAAGUUUAUUACAAACUUAAUAGUAUUUUUAGCACUUAAUGACUCUCAUUAUGUGGGUGCACUUGGCAUGAUAUUUGCCUCAAGAAGACAGUCUGACUUGCUUUCAGUUCUCACAUGUCCUUUCCAGUUUCCAAGCCGUUCCCUGGCAGUAAUUUCUAGGACAGGGUGGCUUCAUGGAAGGAGUUUGUAAUUUGGAGUCAGCACCUGGGGAUGUGGUUCUGCCACUUUCUGUCCCUGUGGGCCUGAUGCGGCAAGUGACUUAAACUGAGUUUUUGCUUCCUCCUUUAAAAUGAGUGAAUGCCCCCUGCACAACAAGGAUUAAAUAUGCUGAUGUAUCUAUCAAAGUGCUUUGUACAAUGUAAAGUGCUAUCCAGUUACAGGAUGCUCUAAAUUUUCAAAGAGCAGUUAGCCGCAAGCUCUUUCUAUAAAGGGCCAGAGUAGAUAUUUCACUGGAGGCCAUACAGUCCCUGCUGCCACUUUUCAACUCUGCUGUUGUAGUGCAAAAGCAGUCUGGACAAUGUGUGAGCAACUGGGGUGCCUGGAUUUGUCCAAUGGCUAUAGUUUGUCAACUCUGCUGUAGACUUGUAGAGACUAAGGAACUUGAGAACCUAUGUGAUAGGGGUUUCUUAGGAGGGAUUUAAGAAUUGGAAUUUAAGAAUUUUGGAGGUAGAUAUUCCUGGUUUCUUAGGCCAGCUUUGCAACAUUUCCUAAUUGUCUUAAGUAAAUUAUUUAAGCUUCCUGUAUGUUGAUAUUCUCCUCUCUCAUUGAAGGUAAUCAUAUAUAAUUUAUGGCAGUGUUGGGAGAAUUAGAUAGGACAGUGUCUGGCAUGUAGGAAGCGCCUGGAAGAUGUUCCCUCUGACCAUCACUAGUCCAUUUUACAGAGGAAGGAAGCGAGGUUCAGAUUCACUGAAGGUUACAGUGGUAGUGGAGGAAUAAGCCGUUCAUGUGCAAGUCACCACUCCUUGGAGCCUCUGUCACUUGAACUGCAAAAUAAGGAGGUUGGACAGAAUCUUCUCUCAGGACCUUCUAGUUCCCAUUGCCAUCAUUCUACUAACUGGUACCUUAGGGCUUAAAGAAUGAAUUCAUCUCCCAGUGUGCCUUCCUUACAGUCUGGCAGUGACUGACUGCAUACUAUCAGUAAACUGGCAGAAACCCAGGAACCAGAGAGGGAGACUCUGAUUUAGCAUUUAUUUAUAAAUAAAUCCAUUUCUUUUUUUUAAGUGUCACAUGCUGUAGAUAAUCAGGAAGGGAGCCAAUUCGUUGGUAAUUACUAUGGUGAAUAAUUGCACUGACUACACAGCAAGUCAUUCUUGGAUGUGUCUCAGGGACUUUUAUGCUACAUAUUCUUACAACAAAUCAAGUAUUUAUGUACACAUGUUCAGAUUAUUUUGACAAAAUGAUUAAAGUAAUAAGAUGAAAAACGA